CCGCAUUCCAUGACGGUGCCGCUGCUUCGCGUCAUAGGUAAUUCAUUAGCAUUGCGGACUGCAAACAGUACACAUUUCGGUCGCCAUUAUAAGUUAUUACGUAGCGAAUCCCGUUAUUCGGAGUGGGGGCCCAGACGCGCGCGGGGGGCUCGUAUCGGCGCGGUUGGAGCGCGAGUUCACUCUGUCACUCGGUCAUUACGGUAUUUCUCUGCUGCGCGUCCCACAUUUACGAUCUUGAAAGAAAAAGUGACAAUGCCCGAAAGCAAACAGUUUCAGCGGCUUCCAAAAAAUGUCAUACCCAAACACUAUGAGCUCCAAUUAGUUCCUAAUUUGGAAAAAUUCACGUUUACGGGGAAAACGGCAGUGAAAGUAUCGGUUGUGAACACAUCUAACGAAAUAGUGGUGAACGCUUUGGACUUAGAUUUGAAGAAUGUGAAGCUUUUGUAUAACGAUGGGCGGUCGGAAGCUGCAAAGAUUCCGUCGGAGGUGCAACUUAAUACGGGCGAUGAGACUGCUACCAUCAAGUUUCAGCAGCCGCUGCCGGUCGGGGAGGCGACACUGCUUUGCGAGUUUACUGGCGAGAUUAACGACAAGAUGAAGGGCCUCUACCGUAGCAAGUACGUUACGCCUAGUGGAGAGGAACGAUACGCUGCCGUCACUCAAUUCGAGGCGACAGACGCGCGCCGUUGUUUCCCGUGCUGGGAUGAGCCUGCCAUUAAAGCCACCUUUGACAUAUCACUGGAAGUGCCAGCAGAUCGAGUAGCACUCUCCAACAUGCCUGUUAAAGAUGAGAAGAUCAGUGGUGCCAAGAGAUUUGUGAAAUUUGAUACGACUCCAGUGAUGUCCACCUAUUUAGUUGCUGUAGUAGUUGGAGAAUAUGAUUAUGUUGAGAAGAAGUCUCGAGAUGGGGUAUUAGUUCGUGUUUAUACUCCAGUCGGGAAGAGCAAACAGGGUUUGUUUGCUCUGGAAGUGGCUGCUAAAGUGCUGCCUUAUUACAAAGAGUACUUUGAUAUUGCCUAUCCUCUGCCCAAAAUUGAUUUGAUCGCUAUAGCAGACUUUUCUGCAGGAGCAAUGGAAAACUGGGGAUUGGUAACUUAUAGAGAAACUUGUUUGCUUGUUGAUGAAGAGCAUACAUCAGCUGUGAGGAGGCAGUGGAUAGCUCUUGUGGUUGGUCAUGAGUUGGCUCACCAAUGGUUUGGGAACCUAGUCACUAUGGAAUGGUGGACUCAUCUCUGGCUCAAUGAGGGUUAUGCAUCAUUUGUAGAAUUUCUUUGUGUCAACCAUCUCUUCCCUGAGUAUGAUAUUUGGACCCAAUUUGUGACUGAAACCUACAUCAGGGCUCUAGAGUUAGAUUGCUUGAAAAACUCUCAUCCCAUAGAAGUGCCUGUAGGUCACCCAUCAGAGAUAGAUGAAAUAUUUGAUGAUAUUUCUUACAACAAGGGAGCCUCUGUCAUCCGCAUGUUGCACAAAUACAUUGGAGAUGAUGACUUCCGUAAAGGAAUGAAUAUUUAUCUUACUAGACAUCAGUAUAAGAACACUUAUACCGAGGACCUGUGGGCGGCGCUUGAGGAAGCUUCGAACAAGCCGGUCGGUGCUGUAAUGUCAACGUGGACUAAACAGAUGGGCUUUCCUGUUGUCGAGGUACAAUCAGAACAAAAGGGCGUCAACCGCGUGCUUACGCUGACCCAGCAAAAGUUCUGUGCAGAUGGCACUCAAGGCGAUGAGACUUUGUGGAUGAUUCCUAUAACUAUUUCCACGCAAGAACAGCCUAAUAAGAUUGCCUACUCUACUGUUCUGGAGAAGAGGACUCAGGAAGUUGUACUGGAGAAUGUCAGCGAGGACUCCUGGGUGAAGCUCAACCCUGGCACUGUGGGAUACUAUCGCACCCGUUAUCCGCCGCUGAUGCUAUCGCAGCUGGUCACUGCCAUCCGUGACGCGACGUUGCCGCCGCUCGACCGACUCGGCUUACUGGACGACUGUUUCGCGCUUGUACAGGCUGGACAUACUUAUACUGCUGAGUCUUUAAAACUGAUGGAAGCAUUCAGUAACGAAUCCAACUUCACUGUAUGGUCGUCCAUAUCCAACUGCAUGUCCAAGUUGACGGCUAUAUUUUCCCAUACCGCAUUGGACAAGCCGCUUAAGAAUUACGGGCGUAAGCUGUUUAGUAAUGUUACCAAGCGUCUUGGCUGGGAUGCUGAAGAAAAGGAGAGUCAUCUUGAUACAUUGCUAAGGAGCCUGACCCUUAACAAAAUGAUUGGAUUUGAGGACCCUGAAACGAUAAAGGAAGCUAAAAUCCGUUUCGAAAGACACAUAUCGGGGCAAAGCACUCUACCCGCCGACCUACGAUCAGCAUGCUACCGCGCAGUGCUAGCCGACGCGGACGAAGCCACUUUCAAACGGUUUCUUGAGUUGUACCGCGCCGCAGACCUGCACGAAGAAAAGGAUCGUAUCAGCCGAGCUCUUGGUGCUGUCAAAAACGUUGGGUUGCUUGAAAAAGUGCUCAAUUUUGCUAUUUCAGACGAAGUGCGUGCUCAAGACACGGUUUUCGUGAUCGUGUCGGUGGCGGUGAGCCGCAACGGGCGCGACCUUGCUUGGCAGUUCUUUAAAGACCAUUGGCAGGAGUUCAUGGACCGCUAUCAGGGUGGGUUCCUCUUAUCCCGGUUGGUGAAAUCGACGACUGAGAAUUUCGCAUCAGAAUCAAGCGCGCAGGAGAUCGAGGAGUUCUUCCGCACACACCCAUCGCCGGGCACCGAGCGCUCCGUGCAGCAAGCUUUGGAGACCGUGCGCCUUAACGCCGCCUGGCUACGUCGCGACCUCGCCUCCACCACGACCUAUUUGCAGCCCUAUCAUUGAUGUCACCCACCGGACCAAAUGACACAAGACUGAAACUACAACGAAAUCCACUGUUAUGUUUCAUCCGGAGUUGGUGUAGCUAUCGGCUACUUUUACGAGCUUUAUUUAUUUUCAAUGACAUUCUUAUUGUAAAUUUAUACGGGAUAUAUUGUAUUAUAAUUUACUCUUCAUAUUUAUGACACUACACAGUGCAUUUUUGAGUCCCGUCGGGACACUGAAGGUCAUUAAAAUCUCAAUGAGUACAGAGUGCAACAACGGUAAAAUUGUUUAGUAGUUUGCUCGGUACCGUUAAACUGUGAUGUUUUUAAAACCUAGUUUCUCUACACAGUUACAUUUAGGAGUCGAUGUUGUUACAAAUUAUUUAGCCUUGUAGUUUUACCCUCGGAACUCCGUGCCCUCCUUAUUCCACAAGGGCGCGUUAUUACUUUGCUAAAGUAUAUUAUAGUGCUUACGAUUCGAAGAAGCUAUAAAGUACAGGCCUAUUGUGUAAAUGUGUAUAAAUAUUAUUAUUAAUUUAUGUUAGAUAAUAUUACGAGUGAAGUAAUUUUGGUGCUGAGUGCAUUAAUUUUUGUUUUCAUUUAAAAGGGUAUAAUGUCUCUUUCUGUAAGCUUGCUGACACUUAACUGUUUCGUCGUAAAAUAUCUAACGUUUCAAAACUGCAAUAAUAUAUUGCGAUUGCUUCAUGCAAGUCGAGUCAAAAUUGUGAUUGGUCUGUAAUGUGAAGUUACCAUCAUUAAUAGUGUCUUUUGUUGUCAUCGCCCAUUUGUUGUAAGACUGUGUUAUCGGAAUAAAU